UCCCAAGUGUCAAUAACAAAAGCAGAAAAUUCCGGAUGACACGCCAUGUUGGGCUGUCCCAUAUGCAAGUUCUUUGCAAUCACAGGGAGGAAAACCUUUAUACUUUGCUUGCUUCCAUCCUGUCUGGUACUCUGGUCCCUAUUCCUCACACAGGCCAGAGCACAAAUUCUCAAGUCAAUGGCAGCAGCAAGCUCCCAAUAAACACCACAAACACCUCCCCCAAAGAUCUGAAUCAACAAGAAAAACAAACCCAACCCACCCACCGCAUAGAGCAACAAUGUGCGACGACGAUUGCUGCAGCUGCGUCCCUUACAGGGCCCGCGACAACAUCAAGUACUGCUGCAUCUGCUUCGCCAUCGUCGCCGUCAUCGUCAUCUUCGCCGUCCUCUUAGCCGCCUACGCUUUCCUCCUCCGCGUCUCCAUCACCGUGGAGGACGCCUCACUGACCAAAUUCACCGUGCUGACGGCCCCGGCGACGGCGAUCGCGUACAACCUGUCCCUGGUGCUGAUGGUCAAGAACCCCAACUGGGCGAUGAGCAUCAAGAACACGGAGCCGUUCAUGGCGGCGUACAAGUUCGACGGGCAGCAGUUCGACCGCGUGAAGGUGAGCGACAAGGGGGAGAAGCACGGCGCCCGGAAGACGAAAGUGUACCGGCUCACCACGGGAACGGACGCCGACGGGGAGUUCGUCUCGCUGGGGAACGCCGGGGUUGCGGAGUACGAGGAUGAGAAGAAGAAGGGGGUGUUCGAGGUGGAAGUGGUGCUCACGGGGGUGUUCAGGUACACGGCGCGCUACACCAAGUGCAAGAUCGAGGCCACCUGCCCGCUCAAACUGCAGCUCGUGCAGCCUGGGGCGGCCACCGUGGUGUUUGAGAAGGUCAAAUGCAAGCUCGCCAAGCCCGAGAAGAACUGCUAGCUACAAAUGGGUCGAUUGGUUUAGUUUGGUUUGGGGUUUGUGUGGGUGUGGUGCUCGAUCAUUGCGCGUAAUUGAUUUUUUUUCUUCGUUGUCUGUUUGUUUCGAUUUGAAGUGUGGUAUGUACGUGCUGCUUUCCCGAUUCUUUGCUUCAAGAUUUUAUAAUGACGUAGUGCUAUCUUGUCAAAAAUAAUAAUAAUAUUAUUUUUACUUACUGAUUU